GACGACGGCUAGGGCAGCCCGUCUCUUCGUCUACACGUUCUAGUACUUCCUCGACCGGUAGUUUAGCCUUAUGAGAAUCUGAUUUUCGCGAGGUGCAUUGACAUGCAGAGAUUAGUCGAUUUCCUGCUCAGCAGGCAGCUGCCGCCUCGCCCAGCCCCAACACCAGUCACCAUCACAGGCAUCAGAUUCCCAGCCGACGGUUCCAAGGCACAACUCGUAUCUCUCACAACGACAACUGACGAUGUACGCGAUGGUCUUGACGGAUCUUGGGGCCACGUGCCUGACCUGCGAGAGUUCUGGAAAACUGCACGGGCGUGGCAGUGGCGAGAUAUUGAGACCUUCAGGCUCGAGAACCAACCGAUCAGCAACUGCAACGGGUUUUACGUGUUAUUUUAUUCGUUUGAUCUUGAGUCGUUACCCGAAAAUAGAAACUUUCCCAAGGCAAUCUUUGGCAGGGAGCGCGCGUUUGCUGGGGACGCCUUUGUUGUUAAACUGAAAGGCAACGAGAUUGGUCAUGAUAUGGGCGACGAUGGAUGGGCCGCAUGGGAUAAUUUCUGGCAAUAUGAUCUUUGA